UUAACCAAGGUGGCUCAGCAGUGCCCUGAGCUGAGGAACCUCUUGUCAAUGCGUCCUUUUCUCUCCGUCAUGCAUGCAAAGGCUCACACUUGGAAAUGCGAGAUCAAAUGGGGAGGUGCGUUUCAGGAUGGGGCCGGUUCUACAGUUGGAGAAGAGGUGGAACAAGUAAACAGUUUCCUGUCUAGGGCGGCCAUCACAACGAAGUACAUGUCUAAAGCAGGGCGAACAGACAUGCUGACCCUCCUGGCUUUGGGUUGGAACAAAAGGAAAGUGGAACAACUGGGCCGCACUUUGAGCCAGAGAUAUCUCAAGAUCAUAAGGAUCCUUAGAGAACAAGUGGAGAGCCUGAAUGCGACCAAAAAUGAGCUGGGUGUGGAUGACGACACACUGCAGCAAUGGGUGGCCGAUGUGCAGAAAUGGGCUGAAGAUAGCAACAAGAGGCGACACAGAAUUCGCAAGGUCAUCUUAGAUGAGAAGAAACGCUUGGCGGCUGCUGUUGACGACUACAACAAGCUUGCUGAACCAACAAAGCAAAUUGUAUCCAGUGAUGCCCUCAUCCAGACCGAUAUUUGGCUCUGGCAGAGCACAAGUGAACCUGCUGCUGAACUCCAGACAAAGAGAAAGGUCUUUGAGAAGGUGAUGGCUGUGAGGCGCCUGAGAGAGGAGGAGAUCAUCCUUUGCAGGGAGAUGCAGCAUCACUGGACAGUGUUGCAAAUGCGAUCUGUGGUGUUGGGGACAAUCUCCUCAGACUCCUCCCUUGUUGGCAUGUCGGAGGAUGCACAGAAGGGACUCCAUAGCCUGGUUUUAAAAAAACAAAGUGAAGUGAAAGCUGAAAUGCUCAAAGUAAAGGACAUGUACAAGAGAAUCCUCAGCUACCAACCACUCCUUGAAAUGGACUCGGAGGAGGAAGAAGACAUUCCAGACGAUGCCACUGAGAGUGAUUUGAGCACUUCUGAUGAAGACUGA